AUGCCGACAGCCAAGCGACAGAAGAAGGGGGCGCGAUCCCAGCCCACGGAUCAGGCGCCAUCAGAAGCUGCAGCGGUCGGUGGUGAUCGACCUACUGUUUCCGAGAUUGAAGGCGAGGAUGAGUUCUCUCAGUUGGCGCGGAAACACUGGUUGAAACCCAGAAAGAAGGGCUCGGUCGUCAAGGUCAAGAACGACAUACUCAAGAAAGAUAUAUGGUCGGUUCUGGAGCGGGACAACUUCCCAGACAAGUCGUUGCUUGUUCUUGAGGGGCUCCAGACGCUCGAGAGUUAUCUGUGGCCUGGCUACUCCGACGACUCUUCUAACCACCAUGUCAUCCUGAUCGUUUUGCUCGUGAACGUCAAACGAAAAGAGCAGCUUGAGUCGUGGACAAUAUUCGAAGAUAGACCUGACGAAUUUUCCGGUCUUUUCCGCCGGGUUCUGACCAUGACCCUGGAUCCUACCCUCUCCCCGACCAUUAGGAGCCAUCUACUGUCAUUCCUCAUAUCAGCCUUCCAGAGUCUGGACUGCGCGAUCGUGCGGAAAGAGUGCGCGCCGUUGGUCUCAAUAUCCAUUUGGCACAACCUUUCGACAGACACGCUCAGGGAGACGAAGCUGGAGCAAUAUCCCCAUGUCAGGAAGGCAUGGAGGGCAGCCGCGAAGAGGCAUGAAGCAGCAGACGAAGUCACUAAGGCUCGUUUGCGCUUCGAGCGCUCCUGGCUGUAUACGCUAGUGUUGGACUUCUUGAAACGAUUGUACGAUGAAGACACGAAGCCUGAACACAUACUCUACUGUGAGCGAUUCGUCGAAUUCCUCACAGAUCUUCUCAGUCAGUUGCCGACUCGAAGAUAUGUCAAUACGCUGCUAGCUGAUUUGCAUCUCUUGCCGGCUAUGCGGCUCUCGCCAAUGCUGAACGACGAAGACAAUGGCCUUCUCCGGGACUUGCAUGUGCUCUUGAGCCACUAUGCGUACUUUACAAUCGAUGACCAAACCGGGGCACAACUAAGUCAGACGGAGGCGUACGAGAAACAUUGCGCUGCGAUCGGACGACUGCAAAGAGUAUGCAUGAAGCACUUCCAGGACAAGUUGCUGGUUCUCGCGCUCUCUAAUGUGGGCUCAAUCGACAAGAGGGAAGAUCUUGCAGCCCUUCUGGAACCUCUGCCUCGGGCGGAACUAGAACGGCUCGUAGGCUUACUGAGCCUACGCACCAGCUACCCCGCGGGCUUGGAAUCAGUAUUUGACAAGGACAGCUUCCUUGUCGAGAUUCUCCUUUCCAAUUACGAGGGACGGAAAACCUUCCAGCAGAUAGCCCAAAACCUCAGCCUGGUUCCUACUGAAAAUUCUUUAUUCGAAAGCAACCUUAUCCGAGCCGAAAAGUAUGAUGGAACUCAUCCUCUUGCGAUGCCGAAACUAAACCUGCAAUACCUUUCCGUGGGCGACUUUCUUUGGAGGUCUCUGACGCUUUACCGAUCAGAGGCCUUUUACGGAAUUCGAAAGGACGUUGAGACUGCGGUUCGGCGACUCCGCCCUGAGGCACCGAAACCUGGCGAAGUCAAAUUUUUAGGCUCUUCAAAGAUGGCCCUGCCGGCAUCUAAAGUUUCCAUACUCGAAGUGGUUCCUGCGCUAGUCGGAGGCGACAAGCCAUCGACUGUACGAGCAGAGCUGACUGUAGAUUAUCGACGAGUCGCCGAGGGCACCCGCCGAGAUUGGGACUCUCUUCGUCCGGACGAUGUUGUGUUUUUGUUGGCCAUCGAACCUACGGCCUCCGACGGCACAGCCAAUGGCGAAGGGACCACCUCGGAAGCCCAGCGCUUAGGUGUUACGGCCAUCCGGACAGCAGAAGUCAUUGCGAUCACAGACGAUAAGGGCAGAACCGCGCGGGAGCUCAACGGCCGCCACGACGGGAAGCGCACGUUCCGCCUCAAACUCGAUGCUGGUACUUACGCCAGAGAUGCUGAACUGACGGGUGAAAACGAACCUGCCGUCUACGGACGUAUCAACGUUAUCCUGAGGCGGAGUGGGCGAGAGAACAACUUCAAACCGGUGCUUGAGUCUAUACGCAGCCUGACACUCUCCGAUGUACCUGUCGCGUCGUGGCUUCACGAAGUAUUCCUGGGAUACGGCGAUCCCGCCGGUGCAACCUACAAGCAAUUGCCCAAUCGGGUCAAGAGGCUCGAUUAUCGGGACACCUUUCUUGACUGGCAACACCUCAUUGAGAGCCUACCUGGCAAAAUCAUUGAGCCUAACGACGAUGCGUCAGGGAGCUUCGGACCGCCGUACGUUCUGGAGGCUGCAGAUACGCCAGCUGUCCUGCUGCCGAAACCCACCAAGAAGCGUAGACGGGACGCGGAGCCCCCACUGUCGGUAGAGGUGGAAACCGUCAAAGUGUCCACAUACAGACCACCGAACGAGGGUCCCUUCCCAGUCGACGCCCCGAAGCUUAAUGCUAUUCGCUUCACUUCGGCCCAGAUAGAGGCCAUCACAUCCGGGUCACAGCCAGGCUUGACAGUCAUUGUUGGGCCGCCGGGUACAGGAAAAACCGACGUUGCGUCUCAAAUCAUCAACAACAUCUAUCACAACUUCCCCGAGCAGAGGACUCUCUUGAUCGCACACAGUAAUCAGGCAUUGAACCAACUCUUCGCCAAGAUUAUUGCUCUAGACAUUGAUGAGCGCCACUUGCUACGUCUAGGCCAUGGAGAAGAAGAUCUUUACACAGAGGGAAGCUUCAGCAAACAUGGUCGAGUCGAGUCGUUCCUGGACAACCGUGACCGCUAUCUACAAGAGGUCAAUCUUCUUGCAUCCAGUAUUGGUGCUCCCGGUGCGCAUGGCAACUCUGCUGAGACGGCUGGCUACUUCAACUCGGUUUACAUUGAGCCUGCGUGGGCCAAAUUCAUGGAAGCAGCAAAGUCGGAGACAGCCAUGACUGCCACUGUAAUCGAAGCCUUCCCCUUCCACAGAUUCUUCUCCACAGCACCUCAACCCCUCUUUCCUGAUGAUGCGGACCACCAGAAGGCGCUGGAAAUUGCCGAAGGGUGUUAUCGUCAUAUCUCCAAGAUUUUCUCAGAGCUGGCUGAUGUCUUGCCGUUCGAAAUUCUUCGAAGGGACAAAGACAAGUCCAACUACCUGCUCAUCAAUGAGGCACGUAUCAUUGCAAUGACCUCGACACACGCUGCUAUUAAGCGUGAAGAGAUUGCCUCGCUCGGCUUUAGGUACGAUAACGUGGUCAUGGAAGAGGCUGCACAGAUUACGGAAAUUGAGAAUUUCCUUCCUUUGGCUAUGCAGAAGCCAAAAGAUGGGCAGAAUUUAUUACAGCGUGUUGUUCUCUGCGGCGAUCAUCUUCAGAACUCGCCCGUUAUCCAGAGUCACGCAUUCCGGCAUUAUGCAAACCUUGAGCAGUCGCUCUUCUCUCGACUCGUGCGACUCGGUGUCCCGACCAUCAAUCUUGAUCAACAGGGCCGAGCUCGACCUGCAAUUGCCAGUUUAUACAAGUGGAGGUAUCCUAAACUGGACAGCUUGCCUCACGUACAAGCAAGCGACGAGUUCCUUAAGGCCAAUGCUGGCUUCAAGUUUGAUUACCAAUUUAUCAACGUGCCCGACUACAAGGGAAAGGGCGAGGCAGAGCCAACGCCUCAUUUCAUCCAGAACCUCGGCGAAGCCGAAUACGCUGUGGCCAUCUACCAAUACAUGCGGCUUCUGGGCUAUCCCGCGUCAAAGAUCAGCAUUCUCACGACAUAUGCUGGACAGCGCGCCCUGGUCAACGAUGUACUGGCACAUAGAUGCAGCAACAAAGCCGUCUUUGGGCGACCACGUGUCGUCUCUACUGUCGACAAGUAUCAGGGCGAACAAAAUGACUGUAAGUGCCUCACAAUUGUCUUCCAUACAAACCAAACAAAAAUUGACAUUUAG